AUGGCGUUUCGCGCAGGAGGUAGUCUAUUUAUGCCAAAUAUGAAUAGCAUCGUAAGGAACUCGUGUGGUUACGCGCCUACCGUAUUUGCCGGAAAGACUGAACAAAUGACAAAAGUGUGCGAGUAUUUGGAAGAGAAAGGGUUCAUGCCAAAAGAACUGGUUAGGAAUGAAGUAACUUGGUUUUAUGGUAACCUUGGUAUCGAUGAUACGUAUUUCAGUUUAGAAAGUGCCGAAACUAUCGCUAACCAUAUAUUGGCCUUAUAUGGUGCUAAAAUUUUUGCAUUCACAAAAAAUGAAAAUGUAUUGGAUAUUAAUCUUGAACGAGAGACUGAUGAAACAUCCGUAUACAUUCAUACUUCUCGUCCUGGUGUCUCUCAACUAUCCGGUCCUCAAUAUGAAAGAAGAAUUGAUGAAAAGUUUCUAGACAUUAGUACUACUACCAAAGCUUAUCGUCUAGAAUCUUACCGUUCUCAAGGAAAUGUCUCCUCUGGCAUGGAUACUCAACUUCGUUGUUACUUUGUAACAAAAUGUAAUUUCGUAAAAACUGAUCCAACCCCUGAAGAGGAAACUGAUAUUCAUAUUGUCGGUGAUAAAACUUUCUUAGAAAAAGCUACUGAUAAUACUUUGGAUAUUUAUCAAAAUGUUAUGAAAGCC